GCAAAGCAAUAUUUGUUACAGGAAAUGUAAAUAAUACGGAAACGAAAUGCCAUGUUUUUCUUGCUGCAGAAAUGGAGAUGAAUGUUUUUCUUUACAUUUUUAUAACACAUCACGUUUAUGGGAAGGCUUUAAAUGCAACACAGAGUAGCGUAUGGUUAAUGAGGGAACCCGGGGAUGCCAUAGAUGGAAAUACAAAGACGUAUUCCCUCACAAAAAACCAAACAAAACAGUUCUGGAGGGUUAGAUUAGAUAAAGUGUACAAUAUUUCUCAAGUGUUCGUCCGCAUCAGAGGAGCCAACACAAAGAAAAUGUUCCAUUUAUACAUCAGCAACGACACGGGCACUUCCAAUGAAACGCUUUGUAAUGAAUUUAGUUUCAACAAUACCAUAAUCAACGAAGAAUACAUCAGAAAUCGAGGAAAACUUCAAGGAAACACUUUAACCUUACAAAGGGAUGGAGAGAUCAGACUUUUUGAGUUUAGACCCUUAGUAAUAAACACUUGGAGUGUACUUGACGUCAUAUCAGGCAAAAUUGUAGACUGUAUUCAAAACGCCUCGUUAGACGUAGUUAGCACCACGCCAAACUACGAUGUAAAAAAGCAGUGUCCUGUUUGUGAAUCACAGAUUUUCCCAAAAUUGUGCAAUGAAAUGAAAGAAACGAGACAGAAGAUUCAAUCAAAUAUUUCAUUGAGUACAUCAAGAAAAAUUAAAAAUGCAUAUCAUGAUGCCAGCUGUGACGAAAAAUAUUCGACUUCUAAAUGUGGAAAUUGUGUUGACACAUGUACUACAUGCCAUGAAGAACUGAACUGCACAUACUGUAAUUCAACCAUGCUUGAAAAGAUAUGCGAGAAAAGAUGCCAAUCUCUAUGUUCAAAUAACGAAAUUUGGAUCACCAUCCUGAUUGUGUGUGGAAGUUCGUUUGGAUGUAUUUUAAUAUUGGGUUUUGCUUUAUUCCUCAAGUUAAAGUUAAAAUUCAAGAAACAGAAUGAAAAAAGCUAUGACGUCAUCGUUCUCGAGGAAAUCCAUCACAGUGUUCCAGAUCUUCUGAACUUUGAGUUAGAGGAAGAGGAAGUAGAAUACUGCAAUAUGACGUCAUACCGCGUGCCCAUAGAUACCUUUAUACAGGACGUAGCACGGAAGAAAACUUACAACACAUUCAUAGAAGAAUUUCAGUCGCUACCAAAUGGAUUGACAGAUGCUUACACAGAGGCUUUGAAAUGGACAAAUAUGUCUAAAAAUAGAUAUAGAAAAGUUUAUCCCUAUGACUACUCGAGAGUAAUUCUGGACCCGACUGAAAGUUUUGUCAAAACAGAUUAUAUAAAUGCAUCAUACAUCAAUGGAUACGACAGGGAGAACGCCUACAUUGCUGCACAAGGUCCGUUUUCUUCUGAUACACUGAAGGACUUUUGGGUGAUGAUCUGGCAGAAUAACUGUACAAGAGUGGUGAUGCUGACCAAUAUAUACGAGGGUGAAAAGAUAUCCUGUCUGAGAUAUUGGCCACACACUGAGGACUACAUUGGACCGUUUCACAUCAAAGUAGAAAGACAGGACAGUUACAGGGACUAUACAAUAAGACAGCUUGUUGUUACCAAGGAAACUGAACAUCAAGAGAGACCGAUGCGCAUCAGUCACUUUCACUUUACCGCAUGGCACGAAACAAGAGUACCAGAGUGUGAGGACUCUAUCCUGUGUUUUAGAAACCUUGUUAAAUGUGGACUUUCGUCAUCAGACGGACCUAUACUUGUCCACUGCAGUGCAGGUAUAGGACGCACUGGGACCUUCAUAGCUCUGGAUUAUCUCCUGGAGGAGAGUUUGGAUAGAAAAGAUCUUGAUGUCAUUAACUGCGUGUCUGCACUUCGUCAACAAAGAGGAUUUGCAGUUCAGACUUGUGAGGAAUAUAUUUUCCUUCACGAAGCACUUGUGAAAUAUUUCUUGAAACAUCGUCUGAUGACCGCCGCUCACCAUCUUCCGUUGCAGAGUGUAUCAUUAAUUUAGUAGAAUUUACAAGAGCAUUAAAAAUUCUAC